AAAAACACCCUUUUCUCGUAAGGAUGAAAUAUAGGGAUGGAUAAGAUUAGUAUAGCUACAAGGCAUGAACAGGCGAAUUGGAGAUUAGAGAUGAUCAUUCGAUUCUUUGUCUGUGUUGGUAGAGAAUCAUUAAUGAAUAGCUGAGAAUUGUCUAUUCCAUGGAGGAAACAAAUUGGGAGCAGAGACUCCAAGCACUUACCCAUGUUCUGAUAAACCCCACAACUAACCCAUCUCUCCAUUCUCAGUUAUUAAUCUCUACGCAGAUCCCCUGCUACCUCAAUUGGGGUUACCCACCUGUUCUCUGCAAUAAAGACCAACAGAGCAAUGCUUUCCCUUCUCUGCAUCUCAAAUGGGGUUUCUCUCUUUUCCUUAAAAGGGUGUCCAGAUUAGGUGCCCCUGAAACAUCUUGGAGGUCUAAAUGCCCUUUUCAGCAGCCACCGCCAUUAAUACUAGCUAAAGGUGUUGAAGAAGCGCAGUGGGGAGAUGAACAUAGGAGAGAUUAUUUGAGGAAGAGAUCGAGAAGGAAACGUCUCGCUCUGAUAUGGUCAUCAGUGACUGACUGCUCCAAAAACCCAUCUUAGCUAUGAGGGAAAGAAC